GCCGUGGGGCAGCUCUGCGCGACAGCGAGCAUAACUUCCAACCUCGCCCAAUGUCAGACAUUGGUUCGCAAGGCAGCAGCAGCAGGUGCCAAGGUCCUUUUCUUGCCAGAGGCAUCGGACUAUAUUGCCUCUUCUGCAGAGGAGUCCCUGGCCCUUGCCCGGUCACCGGACUGUGGUAAUUUUAUCUCAGCUCUACAACAAGCAGCUAGAGGAGAGAGCAUGCAUAUAAAUGUUGGCAUUCACGAGCUAGCUUCUGAGAAUAGGCUCAAGAACUCCUUGGUCUGGAUCGAUGAUAAGGGAACAGUCACCCAGAACUAUCAGAAAGUCCACCUAUUUGACGUUGAGAUCAAAGAUGGCCCCAUAUUGAAAGAGAGCAAGAAUGUGGAGCCUGGACAGAAAAUCCUUCCACCAUUUGAUACGCCGGUGGGACGUGUCGGUCUAGCUAUCUGUUUUGAUCUACGCUUCCCAGAGAUAAGCCUAGCAUUGCGGCGUCAAAACGCAGAAGUCAUUACCUAUCCGUCUGCAUUCACAGUUCCAACGGGCAGAGCUCACUGGGAAUCUCUACUCAGAGCUAGAGCUAUUGAGACCCAAUCCUAUGUGAUAGCUGCUGCGCAAGGCGGUCCGCAUAAUGAGAAAAGACGCAGCUAUGGUCAUUCUAUGAUUGUCAACCCAUGGGGCGAGGUGGUAGCAGAAUUGGGUGACGAGUAUCCAGAACCCCAAAUCGUAACUGCCGAUAUUGACCUCGACCUCGUCUCGAAGAUUCGGAGGGAGAUGCCUCUGCUCAGGAGGACCGAUAUCUACCCAGAGGUCUGA